AUGCCGAACGUGCCAAAAACCGAGCUAGCAGAUGGCAUCUCCAUCAGUCAGGUUAUCAAAGGGUGCUGGCAGCUGUCUGGUGGUCAUGGAGGCGAGCGAGAUUCAGACAGGACAAGCGGAAAUGCUGCGAUCGAAGACUUCAAACCCUUUGUGCAGGCAGGCAUCACCACCUUCGACACAGCAGACAUAUACGGGCCUUCAGAGUCCAUCAUUGGUGAGUACCUUCGGGAGAGCGGCGACAGGGGAAACGUGCAGGUGCUGACAAAGUUCUGCUGCUUCGGCCGGGACAUGCAGACUGCUGACUCGGGGGUGCAGAAUUCUUUGCGUAGCCUGGGAGUGGACAAAUUGGAUCUGGUCCAAUUUUACUGGCACGAUUAUGGCGUGGAGAAAUACGUGGGCGCUGCACAGCGAUUGGCAGAGCUGCAGGGGGCCGGCCUGAUCAGGCACGUGGGGGUGACUAACUUUGACACCCCCCGGCUGAGCGAGAUUGUGGAUGCUGGCGUGCCUGUUGUCAGCAACCAGGUGCAGUACUCGCUGCUGGACAGGCGUCCGGAGAAUUUGAUGGUCCCAUACUGCCAGGAGCACGGCAUCAAGCUGCUGCCCUAUGGUACCGUCGCAGGUGGCUUCCUCUCAGAGCGCUACCUCGGCCUCCCAGCCAGCAAGGUGCGCGCGGACACGUACAGCAAGAGCAAGUAUGCGAGCGUGAUAAGCCAGAGCGGCGGCUGGGACUGGUUCCAGUCGCUCCUGCGCGAGUUGGACGGCGUCGCUCGCAAGCACGGCGCUGACAUCGCCACCGUCUCUUCGCGCUGGGUCCUCGACCAGCCGCAGGUGGCCGGGGUGAUUGUGGGCGCGAGGAACGCGCGACACGUGGCGCAGCACCAGAAGCUGUUCGAAUUCAAAUUGGACGGGGAGGACCGCGGCCGAAUCGAUGCCGUUCUCGAGCGUGCGCGGCGGCCGCAAUCGGACUGCUACUCCUGGGAGCGAGGCGGCUCCUGGCUUUAG